AAUAUGAAGUACGUACACACAUUAGUACACCACCACAAACAAUUGACUCGCAUAAAAUGGAAUACGAAAACAUCAAAAAUGAAAAUUACACGAUGUAGUUGUGCAGAAACCAUUGUGAAAUCUGUGCAAGUUGCGAGCAGUCAAUAAAAAUGUAUUAAUCAAAUAACACAAGAAGAAGUAUUACAGUCGCAUAAUCAAUUUAUUUUUUUGUUAUUUUGAUAUUUAGUUAAAAAGAAGCAAGAGACGAAACACAAAUUUCGAUUGUGUGAUUGCAUUAAAGUGAAUAUCGGGAAAAUAAGAAGAAAGAAAAAAAAAUUGUACGGCAAUUGUAGUGGGAACCCUCUCUGAUUAUUAUUGCCUGGAGAGUGUGAGAGAACGGACAAUCGAAAUUUUUAUGUGUCAAUUCCGGUGUGUCUGUACUGCUACGAACGAUACAGUAAAAUAGAGAGAGAGAGAGAAAGACAGAGAGAAACAUAUUCAAUCGCCCGAAAAGUUGCAAACAAAAACUAAACACUUUUCCAUUUCACACCGUUUUAAUUGCAAAAGAGUUUCCAGCGAAUUAAAUAUUUGUAAUUUGUGUUCGUGCAAAGAAAAAAGAAAAUACAAAAUUGUUGUUCGUGCCUUUAAACAGACGUACCACUUUUUGUUUAUUUAUUUACAUAUUAAUCAAUCCGACAUCGAUUUUGGACUUGAGUGCGUGUAUUUCCUCUUUCUCAAUGUUUCACCCAACAAUUGAAUGUGUGUACACACACGUUUGAUUCGCUUAGACGACCAAAAAGAUAAACAGUGAAACAAGAAAUGAUGCAAACAAGUCAGCGAGCAAGAAAUUCGAGGUUUUUAUCAUUUUAAAAGCGGAAAUUUUUACUUCUAUAUUUUUUUUCGGUUGUUGUUGUUUCGCAACUUUUUUUCAUUGGUAUUAUUUUGUGAAGUGUGAGUGAGUGUGUGUGUGUGCCCAAAUAUCGCGAUUAAAUUAUUGGAAAUUCUACAUCAAUUUCGAUGCGGAAUGAUGAUGAAUGCAUUGCCAUUGAACCGAAUAUGAAUGAUAUGAAGUGAAUAUUCGACGAUAAAUUUUCAAUGGAAAAAAGUGAGCGCAAAGUGGCGAGACAAACAAAGUGGAACAGUUUAAUACUUGGAAUCUGUACAGUGACUGAGAAACAAAUCAGUAAACCAUUGUCCAGCAAUAGACAAUAGAAAAGAAAACUGCAGUCAAACAAAUAGAAUACAAAGUAACAUAAAAAAAAAAUGGAUACAUUUAGGAAAUGGUGGAAUAAACCCAAGGCGGAUGAUAAAUCCAUUUUGGCCAGAUUUUAUUAUGCGGACAAAGCCUUAACUGCCGUGGCUAGUGAAUUAGAUAGUUUUGAUGGUAGAGCGGAACCAGAAAGAUGCUCGCGAUUGGUCGGGAGACUGAGACAAGGCCAGGACCAAGUACUAGCAAUCACAAAUAUUAUAAUGGACGAAUUGUUGGGUGAAGAUCGUGCGCCGCGAUCGUUUCGCGCAAAAUUUCCCGAAGAAGUAUUACAAGAGAGUUUGGCAGGUCAACUGUGGUUCGGUGCUGAAUGCCUGGCCGCUGGCUCAUCGAUUAUGAAUCGUGAAACGGAGAGUGCACAAAUGCGACCUCUGGCUAAAGCAGUUACCAAGUCUUUGGAUCACGUAAGAAACCUAUUACGCGAGCAAUGCCUUCGUAAUAAGACACCGAAUUCGUUAACAUUAAAUUUGGAUUUGAACGAUGCCGUGACUGAAACCCUAUGCGAAAGCUUAAAGAUUUUCGAUCGAUUAUUUGCCGAAUUCGAAUUGCUCUAUGUGAGCGCAAUGGUUCAGGUGAAAUCGAAACAGGAACAUGAAAUGCAGGAACUCAUUUGUGUGCUAUUUUCCGAGUCGCUGCAGCGUGCACUUCGUAUCGGUUUAUUGGAACAAGAGCAAGUCGAUUACUACGACCCGGCGUUGAUGUUUUCAAUUCCGCGAUUAGCUAUUGUUGCGGGCUUGGUUAUUUAUAAAGGUCCGUUAAAUAUGUCAAUGCCAGCUGAUCAACUAUCCGAAAUGUUCCGCCCAUUCCGUACGCUAUUAAUCAAAAUUCGCGAUCUACUCCGAACACUGAAUGCCAACGAAUUGUAUCAAUUGGAAAAGUUGUUGUGCACAAACGAAGACAUUUACACAUCAACAAAGGAAACCAAAUCGAAUGAUAACGCUGUAACCGAUGCAAUGUCGACGACAACAACGACGACGAUGCCGACAACAACAACCGAGAUAACCAACUUCAACUGUGAUGAUUCCGAUGACGAGGAAAAAUUUAUUGGUAGUAAUAGCAGUGCGAGUAGCACGAGCAGCGAAAGCACUACAAGUACGGUUAGCCGAACGAGUAGCAAUACGAGCCAAAGCACUAGCACGGGCAGUAACAGUACUCUAGAAAUACCAAGCGGUAGUGAAUCGGACUUCGAUAGACGCUUUACAUCAAAUCGAAGCAACAACAUCAGUACCACAAUGAUCAACGAAAAUGAGCUUGCACCAAAUCAUCGGGUGAAUGUUUGGUCAAAUGCACCAUUUUCGGCCGAAGCCUCGUCCACAUCGUUGCUGGUUGAAUCAAAUAUCGAUCCAGAAUCACCGACAAAUCACAAAAAUGAAUGGAUAUCGACCGAUUGCGCAUCUGGCUAUUUGAUACCAAACACAAAUUUUGGCAAUUUACUCCAAACAACCGACACCCCAUUGACUGAUAGCUUUAUCUCAAGUGACGAUGAAUACACGCAGAAAAAUUUGUCGACUGUCGUCGAGAGUGAUGAUCCGGUGUAUGUGGUUGGCUCAACAUCCAUGGAUACUAUGGACAGUGAGACAGAUAUGGCAACAAUACAAUCAAUGAUGGACAAUGUGUGUGUAUCUACGGAACCGACUCACAUGCAAACUAUCAACUCGAUUCCAGGAGUGGCUAGCGACAUGAGCCGCAUCGCAAAGAAACAUGCGCACAAUGGUGGUGAUUCAGGUAUUGGCACGGCCGAAAAUACAAGCUUAGACCAUACACCCGACUCAGAAAUGAGUAAAUUAGUAGAUUCGCCACCGUCGACAACGACGACGACGAAUGAAGUAAUGAUAUCAAAUAGUAUACCGUCGAGAUCACAGCCGAGGAUAGAAAGUCCAUUUGGCGUGUAUGCAAACGAUAGUAGUGCAACCAAUACGUCUGAAAUUUAUAAUCCAAAUACGCUUUACCAAAACUAUGCAACCCCAACAUACUACCAUACACAAGAGCAUGCCGAACAAUAUGAUGACAUGUCUGUUAGUCUUCCAAUGCCACCGCGACACCCUUCAAGAAUGCACUCGUCCCAACGACACCAUUCCCACUCACAGCACAGCCGGCGCGAGCGAUACGAACGAAAAUCAUGUCCAAAAACCAAUGCCACCCAUUCAAGUAGCUCAAAAAGUGGCACUAGUGGCUCACGACGUCGAUCAUCGAGACACCGAUCAGCUCGGAAUACCGAAGAAAAAGUUUCCAUAUCAUCCACAUCCUGUAUUUACUCGGAAGGUGAUCAACAAGAUAUUUGGCACAGCUCCGGCCGCAUGAAAUUCAAGAGCACAGAAAAUCUGUUGCAUCGUCUGUUUGUGUGUAUUGCCGGCGUUGCUGACCAAUUACAAACGAAUUUCGCAUCGGAUUUACGGCAAAUUUUACGUAGCGUCUUCUUAAUGAAUGUUUCACCGCCACCGGUGGAAGAUAUUGAAAUUGAUAUUGGUGGCAAAUCGAAGGAUUCGACCAGCGACUUGUUUGAAUUUCGUGCUAGCGAAAAUGACGUGAUACAUGAAAAUGAUGGUGGCUCGAAUCAAAGUAUUUACUCGGCUGAAGAAGCAAACCCAGAAACCGAUUCAGUGUUUGAACAAUCAAUUGUCCACCCAUUGCCACCCGGUUCGGAUCAUCAAGAACGAAGCGCCAGCCUAGAAACCGAAAUUCGAAUUACACACAGCCGCGUAAAUGUUGAACGCAGCCAAAGUUUGGGCGAUGAAGCAAAUGCACGGCCCGUGUCGCUGGUUGUAAAUACAACGCAUCAAAUUCAGUGCGUGGAACGGAAUGGUAAUCAUGGCGAGCCAAACGAUAACAGUCCACAAUCAGUGCCAAGAGUUACGGCAAAUGUAAAUAACAACGCAAAUAUGAAUAAUAAUCAAACGCCGCGAUCCGUUGACAAUUCGUCCACUUUGGCGACAACCACGACAACGAUCAUCCUAACGACGAACAGUCGACUCAAUCGAAACGAUCCGCAACCUCAGCAACAAAUCACUGAAACGCCACCGCGUUGGAUUCCCGACGAAGAAGCCGCCCAAUGCAUGUCAUGUUCGCAAACGUUCACAACAUUUCGACGACGUCAUCAUUGCCGAUGUUGCGGAGGCGUAUUUUGUGGGAUAUGCUCGAAUUCACAAGCGCCACUACCAAAAUUCGGCUUGAAUAAGGCAGUGCGAGUGUGUCGAAAUUGUUUUUCGAUGAACAUUACCGGAACUUCAGCACAUACGUAACACCUAUGAAAUCACCUCAAUGAUUUCCACCUGUAUUUUUGAUUUAUUUUUCCUCCACCCGUUUUAAAUUGCCCGACCCUUUGAGAACAGCUUAUCGAAAUUCGAUGGAUUUUUGGUGUAAAAUAUUCGUGGGAAGAGUUGCAAAUUAAAGUAACCGUGAUACAAAUUUUAUUAUUACUUUUUUAAAACAAAUUAUUUACACAUGCAAUUGUAAUAUUCACAUUAUUAUUAUUAUUUUUUAUAUAUGUAUAAAUAAUGUCUAGAUUUUGUUUUCUUUUUGGUUGUUAUACUUUUGUUUUCGAGGUGUAUACUGAAACGAUAGAUCGAGAAUAACGAAUCGACAGAUAUAUGAAAUAGCGCAAAUAUAAUAAUAAAUUAAGUUGAAUAGAAAAAAGAAAUAAAAAGCGGAAACUGCAAUGAAUGAAUUCCUUGAUUCAAUUAAAAGCAGAGACUUGAAUCAGCAAAUAAAUUGAAUUAAGUAAAUGACACGUAGUAAAUUUACCAUUUUCUUUUUCUGUUUCUAUCAAAAAAACAAAAUUAUUUCAUUAUUUUUUGUUACAAGUCUUAGUGUAAUAUGAUGAUGUUUCGAGUGGUUUAACAAACAUACAAAAAAAUAACAAAAUUUUCUCCCUCCAAUCAUUCGAAGAAGAGGAAAAUGUUUAACAAAAAUCUCGAAAUAAAUCGAGAAUAAGAAGAAGAAAAAAAAACACCAGCCAAAUUUAAAGACGAAUGAAUAUAUAUUUUUUUUAAUACAUCCAUAUAUUGAACAUUCUUGAAAA